AACUAUUGGCGAAUCCGAUAUUGCGAGUCUGCGUCAGACAUGCGCCUCGGGAUCGGGAUGGCUACGGUGUAUGAUUUCCGUAUCUGGUCUCAAUUCCCCGAAGACUCGCGUCUGAGGCGUCAGUCGGAUGAGUACCGACAUACUCAACGUACGACUACUAACUUCGUCAUAAUUUUCAUAAUUUUCAUUACAUGCAGUUCUGUGAAUGACUUCGUAAAGAAGUAAACCUGUGGGAGUCUCACGCCAACUGGUGUCUCAUUUCUAUUCUUCCUGGGCAACCUGAUUUUUCUCCUUGGCUUGAUCUCUCACCCUAAGAAUAAUCGCAUCCAGGACAUCUCACGCUCUGUCUAUUUUAUUGUCUACUACAUCAUGGUCAAAACAAUGGCUGUUACGAUUCAAACGUUAUUUUCCCCAACAGCUGGUGCCACGGCUUGUUUGGUGCUGGCCCUCCUUUACUGUGUACGUCGGGUGCUGCUUCCAAAGCCAAUUCCAGGAAUACCAUACAAUAAAGCCAGCGCUGGAAGAAUUCUUGGAGAUGUUCCGGAUGUUCUCGCAUGGAAGGCGGAAACGAUGGAGAUAUGGAGUUAUGUUCGAAAGCUCGCUAUCGAACUAGACUCCCCUGUGAUCCAGAUGUUCAUGCGUCCUUAUGCGAAGCCUUGGGUCAUUGUCAACGAUUUUCGCGAGGCUAUGGACAUUCAGACGUAUCGAAAUACCGACUUCGACCGUGCUCAUUUCCUAGGCGAUAUUUUCAAACCUUUGCUCCCAGGAAAUCAUGUUUGGAUGCCAACGGGUGACCAAUUCCGAGCAAAUCGCCAACUUAUCCGAGAUACCAUGUCUCCGUUCUUCCUUUACCAAGUCGCUGGUCCCGGUAUUCACUCUGCCACGCAGGGACUUCUUAGGCUGUGGCGUGAGCGGGCACGCUUGGCUCAAGGACAUGCAUUCGAGGCAGACAACGACAUCUUCAGGGCCACUGUUGACGUCAUUCUCACAGCUACCUUCGGAUUUGAGAUCGGGGCCGUCGUGUCGCAAGCAGAUAUUCUUUCUAAAACAGAUAGUAUCAACCUCUCUGUUGACAUGGACAAGCCUGCAAUCUUUCCGGCAAUUAGGGAUCCCGACGAAUUUACAUCAAUACGUACUCUGGUAGACAGCGUCGAAAUCGCCAUGAACUCUCCCGUGCCGAGAUUUUCGCUUUCCUUUGCCCUGAAAUUCCAUCCUUCCUUAAGAAAGGCAAGAGCGUACAAGGACAGGAUGAUUGACGAACGAUUGAAAAUGGCGUGGGAGAAAUUCGCCGAGGGCGCGGAUCGGGAUGACCGAGUCAAAUGUGCGGUCGACCUUUUGGUGCAGCGUGAAGUGCAGAUGGCGAAUAAAGAGAAGCGUGCCAUCCAAUACGAUACAUUAGCAAUCCGAGAUGAGCUUUUCGGCUUCCUACAGGCGGGCCAUGAGACAGGGUCUACUACGCUGUGCUGGGCGGUCAAGUACUUGACAGCGAAUCAAAAUGUGCAGCAAAAACUCCGUGCAGCGCUAAAAUCAGCCCAUACGCGAGCCGUGGGGGCAGGGGAUAUGCCGUCUGCCGAAGAGAUCGCCAAAGCAAACGUGCCGUAUUUGGACGCAUUUAUCGAAGAGACGCAUCGGUGUGGCACGACUAGUUCAGCCGUUGUGCGAGUAGCAAUCAGGGAUACCACAAUCCUAGGACAUAAGGUUCCCAAAGGAAGUGACAUCUUCCUCCUCAAUAACGGACCCAGCUUCCAAACGCGACCGUUUGACAUUGACGAGUCAUCGCGUACAGCAACCAGCCGCGAGGCCAAAGACAAGUACGGAGUCUGGAAUCCAUCUACCAUCCAAAAAUUCUGGCCUGAAAGAUGGCUCGUUGAGGAGAAAGCAGGUAGUGGUGAGAUCCGGUUUGAUCCUUACGCCGGGCCUGUGAUGGCUUUUGGGACGGGCUUGCGUGGAUGUUUUGGUACUAAGCUCGCUUCUCUCGAAUUGAAAAUCAUUAUUACGCUCAUCGUGUGGUGCUUUGAACUGCAAGAAACGCCUACUUCGUUGUCGGGAUUCGGGGCCCAUGACAAGAAUACUCGUAGGCCGCAACAGGUAUAUCUUAAGUUGAAGGAGGUUGGUAUUUGAGAGGUUUCAUAGGUUCCAUACUUAGAGGUUGUCUAAGACAUCUGUGCCUCCAUAGUCAAGAGAAUGAUUUUGCUUUUCUUUACCCUGUUCAGGGUGCCUAAGUACUUAAGUACUUAAGUCCCGGACUAAUGCCCACCUAAUCACUA